CAUUCCGUGCAAUGCAACGGAAGAACACUGAGUACCGACCGAUGUCACUCCUAACCUGAAAUCCAAUACACACAGAUCGGCCAGCUCGGGCGAAGGCUCGAAGUGGAAGAACAUGGCAACUUCAUCCGUGUCUUCAGGGCGGCUGUUAACACGAGCAAAGGGUAGAGACAAACCGCAACUCUCAUGCGAUUUUUGUAGGAGAAGGAAACUGCGCUGCGAUCGCAAACAGCCCUGCCAAAGUUGCAUCCGACUAGGCCAGGCUUCAGCUUGCAGCUUCCCAUUUUCUCAGCGCUCGCAUAGCCCUACCAGUGACUCAGGAAAUAGUAUAAACCAGUCCAGAUUUCAAGAGCGAGUUAAUCAUCUCGAAGCACUCGUUCGAAUGCUAGCGGAAAGACAGCAAGAGAAACCGCCCGUAUCGACACCAGAUAGUACAGUGACUUCCAAUACUAGCAUCACUACCGAAGAGGGCUCGACAACUGCAAGCGACUUUGGACUUAUGGUGUUGCAGAAGAAUACGUCUUCUUACGUUGAGAGUGACCACUGGACAGCUAUCCUAGAAGAAAUCAAUGACCUCAAAGACAUGGCCAAAGAAGAGGCCGCACAUGGCCAUGACUCCUCUGAAGAAGAAGUGCAGAGACUGCCAGGAGCCGAUCUGUUCUUUCUGAAUACCUAUCCGGCCACAAAAAUGGAGCUCAUUGCAGCGUUACCUGCUCGGCCCACCGUGGACAGCAUGAUCGCGAAAUAUUUCAAAGCCGCGGACAUGCCGAUUACGCUUAUCAUCCAUCGAAGGGUCUUCUUCACGCAGUACGAGAAGUUCUGGCAAGACCCUAUUGGCACUCCAACCAUGUGGAUGACCAUACUUUUCGGUAUGAUGUUCAUAGUGGCAUACACUGCGCUAUAUAUCAACGCCGGGGAGAAUCCGCUGGACGAGGACACACUGUUAGAGUACCAGAGCAUCGUUCUCACAUAUCGAGAAAAGAUGAUACAGUGUCUCCGACUAGCCAACUACAUGAAAGGAACACCUCAUACCAUCGAGGCGCUGUUGACUCUUCUCCUGACCGAAUAUGCACAAGGCGAGGAGGCGCAACAGGGUUGCUGGCAAUUGAUCGGCACCAUCAUCCGCGUCGCCCUCAAAAUGGGCUACCACCGCGACGGCUCCCACUUCCCAGAAAUGAAACCUUUCGAAGCCGAAAUGCGGCGCCGCACCUGGUACGUGCUGAUUCAAUUCGAUAUCGCCACAGCCUCCCAAGUAGGCCUACCCCGCAUGAUCAAAGAAUCCCAGUGCGACACCGCCGAACCGCGGAAUCUGCUCGACGAUGACUUCGACGACACUAUCACCGUGCUUCCACCAGCGAGGCCGUUCAACGAACACACACUGUCCCAAUUCCUUAUCUACAAAAGCAGAAUCGUCACGGUGUAUGGCAUGAUAUGCGACUUCACCACCUCCUCCAAACAGCGCGACUACGCCGAAGCCACACGUCUAGACGCCCUCCUCCGCGCCGCAUUCACGCAGAAACCCCCAGUGCUCGAGAUUAAGCCGCUCCAUCGCUCGAUAAUGGACGGCACGGAGCUCAUCACCCGGCGGUUGUACAUCGCCAUGAGCUUCUACCACGCUUCAAUGACGCUGCACCGCAAAUUCAUGAUACUCGCGAAAUCCAAUGACAAGUACACUGCCUCCCACACCACCUGUCUCGAUGCAGCGUACGCAGCGCUACAGCUGCAGGCAGAGUUGUUCGAGCACACACAGCCAGGACGUAUGUUGUAUGCGGAUCGGUGGAAGAUAUUUGCGCUGAUACAAGCUGAGUUCUUGCUGGCGACCAUCAUACUAUGUUACAAUCUAGAUGACGACAUCACUCAGUCGCGGCAGGGAACAUCAUCACUUUGUACCUCUGAGGUUCUGGAGAAGAUUAUUGCCGCGCUGCAGUCUGCAAGAGAGAUUUGGGGGAAACAGCAGGAUGUUUCGAAGGAGGCGAGGACGGCGGUGAAGGCUAUAAAUGCUGUUUUGGCUAAAACUCAUACUAGGGCGGACCGUAAUCUUGUUCCUGCUUCGGGCACGAUACCUGUAUGGAUGUAUCCCAAAUCGGGCUCCCCACUUGAUGUGGUCCAGACGAAAGAAAUGCCCGUGACCACGCCCAUGCCUGUGUUCGUCGGACCGACACCGAAAAAUUUGGUCAGCGAGGAAUCAAGCAUGGUCUCGCAGCAGGGACAGCUUGGUGAGGGGAUGUGGAAUGAGUUCUUUGAUUUGGAUCAAGAGUGGGAUACUUGGAUGCAGUUUUAGCUGUGGGAGGGUGUGAGCUCCUCACCGCCGCGUCCAACGCCUCGCUUAAACGCGGUGCUAC